AUGCCAUCUGGCAAAUACGAAGUUUCUGAAGAGACUGAGGCUCUGCAAGCGAAACCACCGCCAGACACAAGACUUCACGUAGGUUUUUCAUGCCGAUCUUCUUUCACGCUUGAUCCAUCAUUAUUCAGCAUAUCGGGUGGUUAUACUGGUGCUUUGUUACUGGCCAUUUUCGCAGCCACUAUCGGUGGAUCUUUCCAGUUUGGUUACCAUAUUGGAUGUAUUAAUGUACCGCAACAGGUGAUCAAGGAAUGGUACGUAGACUCACACGAGCAUCUGUUCGGGAAUCGUCCCACCAUCGAGAGUAUCGCUAAAGUGCAAUGGUCAGUGCUGCUUGUCAGCCACCUUACAAUCAGCAAAAAUUCAAUCCUUUCAGCUAAAUUCUUCUUCACAAAUGAUAACUUGUGCCCGAAACCACUUGAAUUUCCGCUGUCAUUUCUGUAG